GGUUCGACGGUCCGAGCUAUACCGCCAAGUACCAAUACCACACGUGUGAACCAUCAUUAUAAUAAUAAUAAUAAUAUAAUAAAAUCGUUAUUGGCUAAUACGCAGUGGCCAGUGCACGGUCCACGUAAACAAAUAGUACGACAAUGACGCGUAACCCGUCCGGACAGCGUUUUCUGACGUGCGCCGCCGCAGCUGCACUGCUGCUGAUCGCGUCGUGGCCGUCCAUGACCACGACAGCCGGCCGAUACGUGUCCAACUUGAACGUAAACUGUAUGAGGUGCUUGUGUUACGCUUCCACCCUUUGCAAUGCGACGGUCGGGUGCUCGCGCGGUUACUGCGGUCCUUACUACUUGUACCGCGAUUACUGGAAAGAAGCGGGCCAGUUGGUAUUGCCCGACGACGACCCAGACCGGGACCAGGCGUUCGUUGAUUGCGCUUCGAACAUGGAAUGCGCACAAAAGGUCGUCGAGAACUACAUGGUCAAAUGGGGAAAGGACUGCAACAAAGACGGCGUGACGGAUUGUGAUGAUUACGCGAGGAUUCACUUCAACGGUCGUGAAGACUGUUCGGCCAUUGAAAACACCAAUUUCGGGAGGCGGUACGAAACGUGCCGGCCGGUCAACAACAGAGGAAAGUUUAACUGAUGUUGUAUACCUAUCGAGAGACCAAACUACGUGAACUCAUUAAUACUUACUAUUACAACGUUAUUAUUUAUAUUAAAAUUAAAAUGUACUGUAUAAUAUAUUGUUGCUAUGAAAAAAAAAAAAAAUAUAUAUGAAGUCGGAUGUUAUUCGUUACAUUAUGAUGAUAAUAAUUUUAUAUGAGCUAACCGUCGGUCAUUUUAAUUUCCGGUUACGGAAAAAAAUACGAUGGAUUUUAUUAAAAAUCAAUCACUUUAUUAUAUUAUUAUAUUAAUAUUAUGUAUGUACAUGAUAAAAUAUUUAUAGUAUAAUAUAAGUCAUCGGUUACCACCGGUUAAAUACCCGUUAAAUUGUAGUAAACACAGUGCGCUCUACGUGGUCAUAACUAUAAUAUACCUAUCCGCAUAAUAAUAUAAAUCGCGUGUAUACGAUCGUUACGGUUUGUUGUUUUUAAAACGUAAAAAUCGCCAGAAUUUGAAUUUACCGAGUAUCCUCUGUAGACCGUUUUUCGAUUGAUUGUCGUGUCUCAUCCGGUCGGCCGUUGAUUCCAGUUUGCUGCACCGUGCAAAAAUAAAAUACACGCAUGAGAAACACGCGAAUAAUUAUGCUAGAUUCAUACAUAGUAUUUUUUUUUUUUAUUAUCAUUAUUAAAUUAUAAAAUACUGGUACGAAAAAUUGUCUUAUGAAUAUAAAAAAAAAAAUAAAAUUUUAAACGACUGACUACUA